UUGAUCGGGUAGCACAAUUCCCGGUCGUUACAUACAUGAGGUACCUGUUAAUCGAAGGCAUAUUAAAGGCAUAAUAUCAUCCUCUUAUGUAGACAUGUAGGUAUCCAAUCACGUAUUGGGAACCGUAGUUAACAGUAUUAUGUAUGAGCCAUAUCCUCCAAUAGUCCUGCUGUUUUAACAGCCACUUAUUUUCCCAACACCUUUCUCCCGAGUUCCUCCAUUAUUCUUACCAAAAUAUCUCCAAUAGGCCAUCCACCACCACAAGUUCGUCAAUGAGAGUUCAAACCCCAAAAUGUCUUCAGCGGAAACUCAACCCGAUUUUAACCCCAAUGACACCAAACAAGACGAGCUGAGAAAGCUUCUCAUUGCCAUGAUGGUUGUUCCAACAGUAGUGGUACUCGUUCGAGCCUGGUCUCGGGCUCUAAUGCCAGCGUCUGUCAUGUCAAAAACCCCUAACAAGUUCUGGUGGGACGACUGGACGGCAUUUGCGGGUGCGGUACUAAAUAUCGCAGUUUGUAUAAUGGGGUUAAAGCUACUUGAUCUUGGCCUUGGACUUCAUGUUCAAGUAAUACCACCGGAAAAUCUCAAGCCAUUUCUGAAGUUACUCUGGGUUGUCUACUACAUUUUUGACACGGGGACUGCAGUGUCCAAAUCUUCAGCUCUUUUCUUCUACGCUCGCGUUUUCGGUUCAACGAACUCUCGGUUCAGGUAUGCAUUGUGGUUGGUGCAUGCUAUGAACGUCAUAUGGCUCGUCACGAUCUUGCUAGACGUCACAUUCAUGUGCACUCCUAUCGCAAAAGCCUGGGACACCGCAUUAGAAGGGCAUUGUCUUAACACCGGCCGCUUCUGGAUGGGUAGCGGUAUAACCAGUCUUAUUAUCGACAUUAUUAUCCUAGUGAUGCCCUUGCCGAUGUUAUGGAAAUUGCAUAUGAAGACGAUACGUAAAAUUCAAAUUUUAGGGGUCUUCAUAUGUGGAUACCUCGUCGUUGUGGUAUCCAUUGGUCGCCUUGUCACCAUUAUUGAAGCCGGCGACGAGGUUGAAAAGGAUCCGACAUACAGGGUUUCUACACCGAUUCUCUGGUUAGGUUCGGAGAUCGCUAUAUCCAUCAUCAGUGUUAGCCUCCCGAGUAUCUUUUUCCUAGCCCAACGAGCCUACCGCGAUGGUGCUUGGAGUCUUCUCAGCACUCGUUCUCAUCACUCUAAGACUGGAAUUUCAAGUAAUAAUCGGCCGUUUCACGAUGAAGACGGAGAUGAACUCGUCGGACGGUCAACUGACUCCUUUCAUAAACACCCUGAAAUCCUCUCUAAUGCGAACCCGUACCUUACGCAAACCAAGGCAACUGCGCAGUUUGCGGGGACCGAGGAGAGCAUUGAACAUACUCAACACGCUGGGAUUCAUGUUCGUCGUGACGUUUUGGUGGCAUAAGUACCUAACCUACUUUACGUGCUCAAGGUGACGCAUUCUACUGGUACUAAGAUUAGGUUAGGUACAUAUGAGUUACAUAGGAGGUACCUACGGGAUUUUACGCACAUACAAAGCGUUGGAUGGGCCGAAACCGAGUUAUAAUGUUCUAGUUAUUGACGCCGGGCUUCAAUAUUAUGGAUUGUAUUAGUGUAACGAGAAAUAAAGAUGAGAAUUAUCAACCUCGUAACUAAUAUUACAUAACUACAAAAUAUUGUAUUCACACGUA